AUGACUUUGCGAGGAGCUGCCCAAGAUUGGUUUCACACCCUACUGUCCGGGUCGAUCAGCAACUUCAAGGAGCUAGCUUACAUCUUCACCAAAAAAUACACAUCUUACUGGACGAUCAAGAAGAAUAAUCUGCAUAAGAAGUCCGAUGAAUCCCUUCGAGAUUACAUCAAGAGGUUCAAAGCAGAAAAGGCAAACAUUGUAGGAUGUAAUGACCAAAUUGCAUCAUCAGCCUUCAAGAAGGGCUUGUCAGCUGAGCACAACUUAUUCCGCGAGCUAACUAUCGUUAUCAGCUGGGAGACUCAAAUGCAAAUCGGGUCUAAAUUCAAGGACUAA